GUCGAUCCUCGGUGAGCAGCGGAGCGCGGCUUGUCUCACAGAGCGCUGCCUCCCCGGACACGGCCCGCAGCAGACGAGGAGGAGGAGGACACGGCAGCUUCUUCGCGUCACACUUCGACAGUGCUCAUUUAUUCCGUCUCCUCUUCGCGGGGACACCUCGUCGAGAACCAGCCGCCGUGGCUCGUGAGUCGUUAUAUAAAGCGAGUAACGGACCUGGAUGAGCGCGGACGUUCCGGCGUAGCGGCGCAACAACAGCCGCAUGUGUUUGGCCGGGCUCGGCACUGGGAAGGAGACAGAACCCCUCGGAGCUGCGGGUGAAUCCGUUAGCUGUGUGCGUGUUUUGGUGCUGAAUUCAUUCAAAUAGCGAGCAGCUAGCUUUGCGCAGCGCGGCGGCGUGUUUCACUAUUGUGUGCGUUUGAUUUGAACCUAGCUAGGCGGCUAACGGGGACGCGCCGCUGCUGAUGAACGAUGAUGAUGAUGAAGACUCCUUCACCACUCAGGCGCUAAUGGCUCCGAAUAACAGUCACAUCCCGGUUUCGGUUUGAAUUCAUCAUCGGAUCCACCUUCAGCUCCAGUGAGUGCUCGGACCCGGUGGGCCCUGCUGCCGUCAUUCAUAAAACGGUCCUCAACGCGAAGAAUGGGCCCAUCUUUUAAUUUGGACAACAAAGAAUUCGGCUCCUGGAGACUGUAAGCUGCUUAGAGGAGCUCGUUUGAGCGUUUUUAGGCGAGCUAGCUUGCUGCCAGGCGGAUUACUGUGGACCGCACCGCCCUCUGUCCCUCAACUGGACUAAUUUGUCUCAUUUUCCACGUCCCUGUUGUGUGCACCGCGCCACGAUGAGCCCUCACACCGGGGACGCCGGCUCGGAAGUGGAGCCCAUGCCGGGAUACUUGGACCUCAUCGCCCGAGCCUCCUCCACCAUGCUGGGCGCGUGGAGGGACUGCAGCGCCUGCGGUCUGGAGCUCUCCAAACGGACUCUCCUGGAUAACGCCUACAUUACCUGGAGCGAAAUCGCCCUGUUCUUCUUUUGCGCCUUUUUGUGGACGCAGGUCAGGCGGGGACUGACAGAACGUCUGUUUCAGCCUUUAGCACAGUGGUGCAGGCUGCUGCCCAAAGAUGCUACCAAGAUGCCGGAGAGUGCGUGGAAGCUGGUCUUCUACAGCCUGUCGUGGUCCUACACCUCCUACCUGCUCUUCUUCAGCUCCUACUCCUUUUUCCACGACCCGCCAUCUGUCUUCUACAACUGGCAGAGCGGUAUGUCAGUGCCUACAGAUAUCGCCAUCGCCUACCUGAUCCAGGGCAGCUUCUACGGCCACUCCAUCUACGCCACAGUCUACAUGGACGCGUGGAGAAAGGACUCCUCCGUCAUGGUGGUGCACCACAUCAUCACGCUGGCACUUAUCUGCUUCUCCUACGCCUUCAGAUAUCACAACGUGGGGAUCCUGGUGUUGUUCCUCCAUGACAUCAAUGACAUCCAGCUGGAGUUCACCAAGCUCAACGUCUACCUGAAGACCAGAGGGGGAGGCUACCACCUGCUCAACGACAUCCUGUCCAACAUGGGCUCUGUCAGCUUCAGCAUCACUUGGUUCUGGUUCCGUCUCUACUGGUUCCCUCUCAAAGUGCUGUAUGCCACGUGUGUGUCCAGCCUCCAGUCCGUGCCCAACAUCCCCUUCUACUUCUUCUUCAACACUCUUCUCCUCACCCUGCUGCUCAUGAACAUCUACUGGUUCUUGUUCAUCGUUGUGUUCGUGGUGAAGGUGUUAAAGGUGAAGGAGGUAAAUGAUGUCAGGGAGUAUGAGGAAGAGGACGGCAGCAAGGCGGCUGCAGCGGCAGGUCUUCACAGAAACCCUCAGGCAGCAAACAAGGAUGCUGAUGAUGCUGGACAUCACAACUCUGCCCAGGGGAAGCACGUGCAGAACGGGGUCACCAAAGAGAAGCAUCUAUAAUGGGCUCUCUGUCGCCACCACCUGGAUCUAGGCUACAAGUACAACCAAGACGCCCCCUGCGGGACGGCUCCCACUCAAAUCGCAGCUCCUGAAGGGAGGAGUGCUUCAAACAGAAAAGGGAGGAGGAGACCCAGUGAGGGCGCAUUGAGUUUUUUUUAAUUUAAUUUUUAUCGGUUUUAGAACAUUUGACUUCAUCACUGUUUAGUUUUCGGUCUUGUUUUUUUUUUUAUUAGAGCACUAUGAAUGUCAUUUCAGGUGACUUUGUGUGUAAUUGUUGCUAACUUAACAUUCACUAGAUUCAGUAGAAACCAACCGGUGUGAGCUGGGCUGUGAUUGGAGUUACAGGCGCGUAGGAACUGUUAUUAUCAUGAUCAGCUCGGCAGCACAAAGCCCAGGUAAAGGAUUAGUCCUGUUGUGGGUCAGUCGACCUGUAGUCACCUGUAGUAGCCCCCCCCACAGAUAAGAGACAACUGACCCUGGCGGGCUGAGGCAUGUUCGCCGUCACUCCCUUUCCUCCUCCUCCCUCUUCUGACUCCGUCCUCCCUCUUUCUCUGUCUAAAGGAGAAGAGGCAAAAAAAAUAAAAAAUCCAACCCGAGGGAAACAUCCCAUUCUCAUGGGAGCUGUCUUUAUGUCGGCCAUGAUGCUGGAGAGCUUGUCCGGUGCUGUUACACCACAUGUAUUGAUUUCUCAUAUCAUUGCACAAGUCAGUGGUGGCGACGGCACAGCUCUGCUCCCCCUCCCUGCAUCCAUUAGUGUGAAUGGAAAAGCCACAUAGAUGUGUGUGUCGGUGUGUGUGUGUGUGGGUGGGCGGGUGUGUGUGUGUGGGUGUGUGUGUGUGUGUUUCAGGAUGUGGAGGAGCAGCCGAGUCUUUUAAAUCCACAACAUUUCACCUCUCAGUUUGUCUCUUGUACUGAUGAUCAACAGGCGAUGGGAAUAUUCACUCGUUCAUUCCUGUAUAGAAAAAAAAAAGCAAACCUUUUAUUAAUAUUAUUAUUAUUAUUAUUAUUAUUUUGAUUUCCUGGUCUUUCCCCCAGCGUAUCUGCUGCUGCACUGACAUGAAGGCAUUCAAGCUGAACGCUGCUUUAAUGACAGCCAAUUGCUGGAAUUGAUUGACUGGGUCUUAAGUUUCGCCCUCAUGGUUUUAAUUUGUGGAAUCGAAUCACGUUCCAACCCGUUCACAUCGAUCGGGGGGGUCCGAGGAAAUAGGGAACAAAAGCCCACGGCUUGUUUUUAAGAUUAAAUUAUGAAAUAAAACAUCAUGUAUGCACACAUUAUGGUAUUUAGGAAUGCAUGAUAUCGGAAUGAUUUAAAAAAAAUGAAAAUUAUAUGAAAUUGUCUUACAAAGGAACAUUGAAGAAGAAAAAAAAAUCAUCUAAAUGUGUAAUCAAAUGUCUUUAUAAAUGUCUGGAACUCUUCCUGAGCGGUGAGCAGCGGCGACCGCUGAACACACGUGACGUCGGCGGACCCACAAAGAAACGUUCGGCCGGCAUCGAAAUGUGAAUCUUUCAGGUGAAUCCUGCACACGGGAGGAUGUUCGAUGCCGUCGAACGCGUCAAAGUGAAAGGGAACGAUUUCAUUUCGACCGUCCUCUGUGGGUCCCGCCGCUCUACCCCACGUGUGAUGAGUGCGAGCAGCUGCUGCACCUCUAGAAAACAAGGGAUAAUUCUACUCCUCCUACCUUCUCGAUCAAAUUCAAGCUCUUGUUUGGAUGAACAGCUGCUUGUGCUGCUGGAUCAGGCCGCAGAUGUCGUCUGUCCGAAAGCGUCCGUCCUUUUGUUUUCUCUCAGUUUAUCUGUUCGUCUUCCACAUUUCUCACCUCAGCUAUUUGAGGUGUUGAAAAAAUAGUUUUUCCGCUAUCACUUUUAUUAUUAUUGUCGCUGUAGUUCAGGUUAUAAUUGUUGAUUUAUUUUGGAAUUGCUGCUGUUUGAAUUUGUUUCUCUGAGAGCACUGUCUGUAAUCCAGGUGUUGUUUUUCUGCCGUGUCAGUGACGUUCUGCUCAGAUCAUCUCCAGGGACCAGGGAGACGUUCAUCAUACACAACAAACAUCUGGAUUUAGUUUCGCAAUCUCGUCUAUUUUAAUCUGAAUGCUGGCUCACUCAUUUUUACUGUAGUCAUUACACGUGUACUGUAAUGUGACAUGCUCUAUCGGGCAUGUCGCUGCGUGUGUAAUAUAUCAGACACUGUGUCCGACUGGUCUUUAAUGGCGCGGUGUUCCGACAGGAAGUGACCACCGGCGUCCUGCCUGCUCAACUGUGAGACUACAGUAUGACAGUUUGUUGAUUUAUUGUUUUUGGUUAUUAUGUGAUAGCAGAUGACGAACGGGUGGGAUGACGCCCACAGAGGCCUGUGAUCUGGACUAGUUGCAUCUGGUUUGGUACUAAGUGCAGAAGGUGCCUCUUCAGUUUCUCCUCCGCUGUGUCAAACUACAAACAGUGCUGUGACGUGUGAGCGGUGGGGGGGGGGGGGGGCGACAUGAUGAAGUACCUAAUCACCACCGACUAAAUCUGAGAUUUCGUUUUAUCAUUAAUAUCCUGCUCACUGUACUCUAAACAUCUCGGGGCGGAUUCAGAACAAUCUUUUUAAUCUAUUACAUGUUUUCUGUUUACUUUAUUCCCUCCCAAGAUGGUUCUGACACACCUGUAUAAGAGCUGUGAUAUCACCCUGUGUAUUAAUGUCAGCACAUGAAAUGAUGUAUAUAUUCUGAUGAGGAUUUUUGAUCCAUAUCGCCCGCUCCUGACUGCUACGCCCACCACUGAUGGAACUGUCCAAAACUGAAUGAAGAUUGAGAGAAAGUCAUUUUAUUUUUUCCUUUCUGAUCUGAUUUGGCUGAUUCUUGUUUCAAUGUUUGAUACAUUGGCUCACAGCUCACUGACACAUCUUUGGUUUACGCUGUUGGACACAUGUCGCCUGUGAAGCUCAGUUCUGUCAGACACUCCCCUUAUGUUCAAUCAGCAGAGUACUCACACUCACGGACAUCAAUUCCCUUAAGGCAUUGUGUUUUCAGGUUGUGACGAUGUGCGUACGUGAAGAGCACGUGGAGGUGAAAUCAAAGAUUAACCGAUUAGAUUUGAGUGGUCAAAGGUCACCGUGAACAGAGUCUGGAAAAACUGUAUGUGAACAUAAACUGCACUGGUUGGAGGAGGGAUACAAACACAGCAUGCUGAUUUGAGUUUAGUCAAGAUCGAUGCAUUAUUUGAUUGGAAAUUGGUGAAGCAUCAACAACAACAAAAAAGGAUCCGCUUCAAAAUUUAAUGGCUUAUUUUUUAGGCCAACGUCCAAUCACUCCAUCUAGUUUCCUGGAAAUCUAUUCUAUUAAGAAUUCUGCUGACAAACCGAGAGGGCUGAAAACAACCUCCUCAGGUCGGCAUCUCUCGGCUCCGACCUUCCUCCAACAUCAGCACAGGGAGGAUCAGUGGGAACAGACCUGAGGCAGCAGCUCUGACAGAGACACUGUAUCCCAGAGGCUGUGUUGGAUGUUUUUGAAGUGAAUGUAACGGGAGCUGUCUGAACUGACUCACAGGCGUCAUGUCAUCACAACACAAAGCAUCUGCAUGAUUGUGCCAAAUCGUCGCCCUGAAUAACGAGGCGAGUGUUUGUGGGAGCUGGUGACGAGUGAAGAGGAAAAGCUCGUAGAGCGCGGCGGUCUGCAGAACAGCCCUGCUGGUGGUUCUUAUAAAUGCACUGUAAUUUAUUAGUAUUGUUUUUAUUGUUCAUUGGUAGAUCUAAAUUAGAAAAAGAAAAAAAAGGGAAAGGGUGAAUUUGGGAUUUUUUUUAUAAGGAAUUUCUGGUUUGAAUCACAAUUUUAAAUCAAGUGUAUUUUAAUUAUUUCAACAAAAGUGUAAACUAUGAAUUGCCCCGUUUGUUUUGUUCCUCAACUGUUCUAAAAAUCGGAUCACUUUCUAAAAUCGGACCACUUGAUGAAGACUUGCUCUUUUGUAAUACAGUUUUAAUACCAUUCAAGAAAUGUUUUACUUUCACUGUUGCUCCUCUCCCAUAAAAUAAAUAAAACGUGUCAUUAAAACAAGGA